AUGACUAUUAUUUUAUCUAUUCCGUAUCAGAGCCGUACCGAGGUCUCUCCGGCUGGAAUUAGAGAGGAGAUCAGGCGUGUGCUGGCCACACACCAGAGAGCGCACGAGCGCAAUAUCAGUCAGGUCAGCUGCUCCGGCUUGCAGACCGUCUGGCUGCGGACAUGCUAUGACCCAGAUCUCGCGAGUAAAUACGAAGAGCUUAAACGGAGAUCUGGGAUACCCGGAUUGGGCGUCUCGGGGAACAAGUUCCUGGACAAUCCUACACGCUACGAUUUUGACGAUGGCAGCGAGGACUCAUGGCGACUGGUGUUAAUCCGAGUCCCCGAGAUCACGGAAUUUUAUGAAAUUAUUGAUAUGUAUGGCGACGGGAGUUAUAUGCAGUACAAGAGUGGGCAAAAUGAUGAGUACCAGGUGACACAGGCUGAGGGUGAGGAAGUUUGGCUCGACCUCGCUCUAGCGGAGUUAAAGGUCCAGGCUGGUCUUUAUCUGUUAGACCGAGAGGCUAUUGUAUCUGGAUUAAUUAAAAUUAUCUGGAUCGAUGAACAUGGGAAUAUGGUCCGGAAUAACCGGCUGGACCCUUCUAUCUCGGACUUGGAGGGGCUUACAAUGGCACUCCUCAACGCUACAAGUUUAGUGGAACUAGCCAACUACGUUGGCACCCGCGGGGCUCUAAUUGAGAGGUAG